GCUAAAGCAAAAAAGAAUACGCCAACUACCUCUAGCCAACUAGCUCUUUAGUCUCGCAACUUGUGUGUGGACCACCCCUUGCCUUCCUGCAUUGCUAUACCGCCCACUUAGAUCUCUCUGUGCCUUCCUCUGUGGAGAUCUCUUUAGUCUGGAACGUCUUCUUCACGAGCGCUAGCUUCAGCCUCUUAACUGAUCUUGUCUCGAACGUGGACUAGGAAGGAAUCAACAAGCACCUUGGAGAUUGUACAAGUUUAUGACGUACACCGCUUUCUAGCGAGGUUUGAGAGGUCUGCAACUGUAUUUGGAGAAGGAUCCGUUGCGGUUGUGCAAGCACCUGUAAGAGAUACUGAAGAAGGCAGAACAUGUUUGGAGAUUUACGUUGAUGUCGGAAGAAUUCUUCAGGCGUGAUGUCAGGGGAGACUAGGAAUUUUAGGUACCUGGGUAAAGAUUUCGAGCUGAAGCGUUAGAUGAUCUAAACUUGUUCGUUUUUGGACCAACAAAUAACUGCCUUUGGACAGGAUCACUUUGACCCUGGCAGCAGCAGGGAACGAAGAACUGGUUUGUAGUCAGUGAAUUGAAGUAUGGGUACUUCCAACGCUGAGAGUGGUGACAAGGAAGCCGCAGGUAGAUUUGACACUAUGAUCAUGGCUGCCGUAGUAGAAGAAAAACAUCUGAAGAAAAGCAGUGGGAGAGUCGAUAUGGUUAGCAGGAUAGAUUUGUCAGUGAAACUCGACGAAGACAGUCUAGGUGAGGACGAGGAAAUGGAAAUUAGUGAACCCGAGGAAGAUAGUCGUACAAGGUCGGACCAUCACAUGACCAACAUGAAAGACGAGGAAGUCAGUAGUCCCCAACCUAAGUUGCAACUUGGCCCACAACAAUACCAUGAAAAUAGGCAUGCGUUUAAAUGCGAGGUUAGAGGUUGUGUAAGCGUCUUCAGAGACAGAACUCAGUUAGUUAAUCACAGUUUGGUGCACCGGGGCACCAGCGGUAGUGAGCGCUCGACGUUGGAGGACGAGUCUCCGCCAGCGUCGACCGCGGGUCUCACAGCUUCUGAGGCAAAUCAGCUCAAGAAUGAGUUGUUAGUAUCAAGGGCGGAAAUCACGCGCCUCGUUGCAGAAAACGAGAGGUUCCGAUCCAUGUUGACUCAUCUCACUUCGGAGUAUCGAAACCUUCAGAUGCAUAUGGUGACUUCCAUGCAACGCCACAGCGACACUGUGAACUAUCCAGUUCAAAGUCCUACGGCACAGAGUGCUUCUGUGACGCCAGCCAGUUAUGAGGCAUCCCUAAAGGGCUCCUCAGAUAGGGACUCUAAACACCAUCGAGGGAGUCCCCCCAAGUCUCCAGCUCGUGAACAGACUUCAAAACAGUCGAGUGGAACGCACCUUCAGUAUGAUCGAGUACAGAAAAUCGAAGACAUAAGUGUUGGCACAACUUCACGGCCUGGAAGCGGAACAUCAUCUCCUACUAGGUCACCGACCGCACGGUCGCAUCCUACUUCGCCGUCGCAGGAAGCUGAUCAUCUCCAGGAGAGGGCAUCAGAUCAGAGUGAAUGGCAAGCUAACAAAAUCCAGAAGGCCACGCACACCGACGUCCACACUGCUUUGCCCAUCUCUCAAAUCGAGGCCGAUCCCAUCGUCAGGAAGGCUAGAGUAUCUGUCCGAGCUCGGUCUGAUGCUCCAACGAUCAAUGACGGAUGCCAGUGGAGGAAAUAUGGUCAGAAGAUGGCGAAAGGGAACCCCUGUCCUCGUGCAUACUACCGAUGCACCGUUGCGCCGGGCUGUCCAGUUCGUAAGCAAGUGCAAAGAUGCGCCGACGACAUUUCAAUUUUGGUCACAACCUACGAAGGCACCCACAACCAUCCACUGGCACCGGCUGCUGCAGUAAUGGCAUCUACAACUUCGGCCGCAGCGUGCAUGCUUCUUUCAGGCUCCACCACCAGUGACAUGAACCAUAUGACGACUGCACCGCAGUUCAUUCAGUUGGCAGGUCCCCAAGGGCAGAACACCACUGCUUUACCAAUAAUCUCCGCCUCUGCUCCAUUUCCAACAAUCACCUUGGACCUGACGAGCAAUCCUACGACACAGUUGAGUCUCAGACUUAACAACAGCUCGGGCGCUACACCCUCAAACUUUCAGGGUGAAGCUAUUGGUGGGGUUACCGUUGCUCAAAGUGGUGGCCAGCAAGUGAUGAUGGCCCCGCAACAGCCCGUCACAAGGAGCAACCCAAUAUUCUUCAACAACGGGAUGACAUACGCACCCAUGGUUGCAAACUGUGCACCACUGUCGAAUUCGGGGAGUGCGUUUGCCUCAGAAGGCGCAUCGAGCGAUCACCAAGCUAUGCAAUACCACCACCCUGUGGUGAAUUCAGCCGCCGGUAGGACGUACGGAGAGAACCGGCAGCAAGGCACUCAUACACCGGCCAAUUCACUUGCUUCGAAUCACUGCUCAGCCACACAGUCUCUCGCCGAGUCUGUGACUGCAGCAACAGCUGCAAUCACAUCCGACCCUAGUUUCACCGCUGCUCUGGCUGCUGCGAUCACGUCCAUCAUUUCAUCGCAAAACUGUCAGAAUACGCCAAAUAAGCUUGCUCAGAUGACAUCAAACCAAACGAAGGAGGGAUACCAGCAGAGCACAUCAUCGACACCAUCAGCUUUUACCGCAGUUGGUGCAAGUGGGUCUCUGAGGGUUGAAGGUGGACGAGUUUCUCCUUCGAGGGUGGUUCCUGGAGAGGCUGCUCUCUCCAGCAUUCUCACUUCGGCCUUGAUGUCCCUGAACGCCAAGGACCAGCCCUCGAACGGGAUGGUCCAGUUCGUAAAGCCCUCGGCUUCGCAUAGCUCUUUGGUCGUGGCAGACACAGUACAUCCAUGAUACUCGCAGCUAAGGAACAAAAUUUCAAUUGUAAAUGAGGAUUAGGUUUGGUUUACAGAUUUUAGGGAGGGAUUUCUUCACUAGAGGUUUUGACUAGUUUCAGAGCACCUCGGCAGCCCAGCUGCGCACGAAAGUUUUGAGGGUGAUUGUUGGACUCUGUUCAAGCUUGUAAUUAUGGUCACAGAACCGAUUCCAACUUUACCGAAAUUCUUUCAUGGGCAAAGUUCAUGCACAGGAUUUUUUUGCAAGAGGCUGAGGUUCCAUGAAACAAUGCGAUGGAUCGUACGACACGUCUCUGUAUUUAUAAUACACAAUUCCAUUCUUCUUAA